AUGUUACACUUUCUGUUGCUUCCACCUCCAGCUGCAAAGAUGACUCACGAACGAUCCAAAGUAGUGGCGGUAUUUUUUACCGAGUUUGACAUGAAAUCGGGGUACAAACUCUUGUGGUCAAGCACAUCAAAAGACGUUCCACUCGAAGGAAUUGAAUAUAAAUCGUUUCCAAGUGGGAUUCAUGAUUUGCAAGAGGCAACGGUAUUUCUUAGCCACGAGUCGGGUGGUAAUCUCUUUUAUGGGUUGAGUUGUUUCAAACAAUUUGUCAUUGAUCAAAAAAAAAUUGAUGAUCGGGAUAACUUGAAAAUGUAUUCAGUGGGGAUUAUUUGUGAGCCGAAACAAAGUACAUGGAAAGCAAACGAAUUCAUCAAUAAUGGCUGGGAAUAUAUUGAGGAACUAAAGAGUGUGUUGAAUGAUUUGGAGAGGGAGAUUGUUGGUAAGAAUGAAGCUGGCCAUGAUGUAGAUUUGAUGAAAUUCAUUGAAAAGAAUUUACUUCGAAUUGGAUCUGAGCCAUCCACAUUGAACAUCCCCGAGACUGAACCUGCAAAAGGUAAGCAUUUGCUACUAAAUCUACCGCAAAUGUUUGAGACCUUGGGACCACUAAUAUUUGCCAUUUACAAGCAAAGCCUUUUACGAAAGAAUAUUUUGAUCUUCAAUGAAUUGCACUUGAACAAUGGAGAUGACACACAAACAACCGAUAAAGACAAUUAUAGUCUACUUUCCUCCUUCAGUUAUUUGCUAGCCAUCUUAUCAGUGGUUCCAAAAAGUGCGAAAUUACCCAGCCCAAAACUACAUUCACAGCAACCGUUGUACAACAUUGGCUUGAAUGAGCUUUCUUCAAAGUUACUCCAACGACUUCAAAACUCGGAGAAUGGGUAUAUCGCAGUUACUAGUGACGAGAUCUUGAAGGACCACCUGAUAUACGAUAUUGCUGUUGAAAUAGGUGAUACAAUCAAAGUAUUUGAUCGGAACAAGAGUGGUAUCAAAGCAACAAUACGAGACUACCACAAGUUUCAAGUACUUUAUUCAGAUCUUGUUACUGGGGGUUCGAAUUUCACCAACAAGUCAAAUGUAUCCACCGAUGACUUGAGUUCUGUCACAUCGAGGACUGAAGAUGAUGACAAUUCAAUACAUUCAUCAUCUCCAGUUGCAGCAAAAAUGUAUGCAAAUAUAUCUCCACGAAUUGAUAACGAGCCACUGUGGUGGCAACACGAUGCAGUUGAGCCUGUGUCGUGGACAGAAUCAAUCUGGUCAGCUUUUUCGUGGUUUGCAUCAGCUGGUCAACAACUCAAUAUUGAAGAAGAGAGCCCUGAUGUCAAAUUAAAUAAACAAAUUGACUUACUAGAUCUUUUGCACGUUGUGGGGUAUUUCCAUCAAUUGACGUCAAAAUGGCUCAACUAUAUUGAUGAAGCUAUAGAAGAGGAGGAGGCAGAACAUCGAAAUAAUGGCAAUUCCGAAGAUGAGCAACUUGUAAACAAAGUAGAGCUACAUUUGACGUAUCAGGAUAUGGUUGAUAUGGAGUUGGAUCCUUACAGUCACCAAGAUGUACAAUUUUUGAAGGAGUUUGCUAUGCAGUAUUACCCAGAGCGAGUUGAAAGUGUUGACGUGGGUUAUAAUUUGAGCAAUAUCUGCUGCUAG